AUGUCGGACAUCAUUAACACAAUCUCCAGAAUCGAUCAAAAAUUACAAACUGUCAAUGACGAUAUAGACCGAAACAUCGCCAACCAACGUAAAGUAAUGCAGCAGGCAGCUGGAGAGCUCAUGUCGUACAAAUCAAUACAAGCGCGUCGGUUGGAAAACCUGCGCGACACCGACGCAGCGACAUAUGAAGCAGCGCUCUGGCUACUUCAUAAUCGAGCCCUUUUUUUAAAACCCGUAUACUUGCCCAUGAUUGAGAUUAACCUGAGGCAAGACAGGUUUGCCGCUGCAUUGGAAGCCACUGUCGGGCCUAAUUUACUCAAGACGUUCGUGUGUCAAACAAUAGAAGAUUAUGAAAUGUUUACGGCGGAAGUGUUGGACACACGAAACUUGAGCGUGGAAGUCCUGCUGUGGGAGGACAGAGGGAAAAUGUUUGUGCCACCAAUUCCACUCGUUGAGUUACGGUGGAAUUUCAGUUUGGAGGGGUUUCUCGUCGGUCAGGUCGAGGGGCCGAAGCUUCUCUUUUCAUUACUUUGUUCGAGGGCGAACAUCCAUACUGUGGCUUACGCCGCGACGAACGCACCUGAUGUGGUAUACAUGGACGACGAAGCAUUGUACGAAUUCUGUCGACGCUUCAAUACUUUCACGUGCAUUUCAAAAAAUGUACUGUACACCGUCAGGUUUGCGUCCGGCAAUUAUGAAUGUGUUGCGACGUCGUUGGAUCGUUGCAUAUUGCUGACGGGUUUAGGGGACGUGCGGAGAAUUAAGGCUAGGAUUCAUUCGCUUAGAGAAAAAAGCGAAAUGCUAAGCGGAAUGAAGCAGAAUUUAUUGAUUGAGGUGGCUGUCCUUCGUGAGCUUAGAGAAGGAGAAGAG